UUUUGCAACUCAACCAUGAACUGUUCAUGUCAGAUUCUCCAACAAUGUCCGAAUUCAUGAAAGGUGUGAUGCUUCUGAAGCAAGACUUGACUGAAGUUCCUGCCGAAGAAGCUCUGAAGGGCAAGGUUGUUGCUCUUUAUUUUUCCGCGGGAUGGUGUCCACCGUGUAAGCAGUUCACUCCGAAGCUAGUUCGCUUCUACCAUCAUCUGAAGAAGGCUGGAAAGCCCAUCGAAGUGGUUUUCUUCUCUCGUGAUAGAUCAAAGGCUGAUCUUGAAGAGAACUUCACCGAGAAGCACGGCGAUUGGCUCUGCGUCAAGUAUGGAGACGACAUUUUGACACGAUAUCAAUCAAAGUUCGAGAUCAAGACGAUCCCAGUGCUCCGAGUGAUCAACGCAGCCGGCAAGAUGGUCGUUGUGGAUGGGAAGUCGGAGGUCGUCGACAAGGGAAAAGCCGACCCACAGGGACUCUUCGCUGCGUGGGAGGCAGCAUGCAACAAGUGAAAAUGUAUAUAAUUAUUUUCCAUUUAUUUAAACAUUUAUCUAGUAAUUUUUUAAAUAGAUUUUUCCUACUAAUAAAUAAUUAAUUAUCACGUAAAUA